AUGAGUAAUAUUUAUAUUACUGAGCCAGCAACAAAUGGAAAGGUUAUAUUAACAACAACAGUCGGUGAUAUUGAAAUAGAAUUAUGGUCCAAAGAAACACCUUUGGCAUGCAGAAAUUUUGUUCAACUUUGUAUGGAGGGUUACUAUGAUGAUACCGCUUUUCACAGAUUAGUCAAAGGUUUCAUUGUUCAAGGUGGUGACCCUACUGGAACAGGAGAAGGUGGAGAUAGCAUUUACGAAACACCCUUCAAAACGGAAAGCCAUACUAGGUUGUCUUUUAAUCGCAGAGGGCUAUUGGGAAUGGCGUGCCCGGAGCCUAAUUGCAAUGGAAGUCAGUUUUUCUUCACUUUGGGAGAGGCUCUGGAACUUAAUGGCAAGCACACCCUCUUUGGUCGUGUUGUCGGAAACACUCUCUUUAAUAUGCUCCGUCUGGCUGAUGUUGAAGUUGUGAAUGGUGACAGACCAACUCGCUUGCAUCGGAUUUUGAAGACAACUGUUGUUCUGAAUCCCUAUGAUGAUAUUGUUCCACGUCAGAUAAAAGCCAAAAAGAAGGACAAGAAAAAUGAUGCCGAGGAAGUUCAAUCAACAGCAAAAGCAACAAAAAAUUACUCGUUACUUUCCUUUGGUGAAGAAGCGGAAGAAGAGGAAGAGAUUAUUACCAAGGUGGAAGAAAAGUUGCGUUCACGUGGAAAGAGCGCCCAUGAUUUGGUGAAUGACGAGAAACUCUCUAAGGAGACUGUGCCUGUCUCAGAUAAAGACGCAGAAAUCACCGCGAAAGCGCUUGCUGAAAUGGAAGCAGAAGCGGACGCACGCAAAAGACGGCGUGAAUUGGCUGCUCGACUUCAAACUGAGGAGGAGAUGAAGGAGAAGGAAAAGAGAAUGCAUGAGCUGCAAGCGGAGGCCGAUGCAGUACGUCGGGACAUCGCAAAGACGAUCCGCUCAGCUAAGGAGCGUGCUGAAGCAGCCAAGGCAGCAAAACGCCAAGCCGAGGAGAAGAUCAAGCGUCAAAUGAAUGAGGAGGAGAUGGCUGCCGAGUUUGAGGCGAGACAACGUGAUAAAGCCCUAAAAUCCUCUGCAAAAUCUACAGCUGGUCCAGCCGUAAUGGUGGAAAAUUUUGCUGAUGAAGUGGCUAGUUAUCGUGCACGGGCGAGGAAAAAUAAAGCGAUCAAAGACCGGGAGGAUUUGACCAUGAAUCUUCUGAAUCGUUUCCAAACUCGCCUUCUUGGAGAAGUUAAGAAGUCUAAAUCGUCCAAUUUCUCAAGUAGUAAUGAUAAUGACGAGACUAUCCCACCCAAUGACCCUACCGCCUGGAUGCGUUGUACAUUACUUUCGGAUGAACCGGCGCCAGCCCGAAAAGUGCUGGAUCCAGCAUUGGAAAACCCAGAUCGGUAUGAUCUCUAUGAUCCACGAAAUCCCUUGAAUGUGAGAAAAAGGAUGGACGCUGUUACUGUUGGCAAAAAUGAUGAUAGGAGUCAACAUAAGCGAAGGAGAUUUCCCUCACAUGGUCACAGUCAUUCACACAGUGAGUCCAAUCACGAAAAAUUGCACGGCAAACAAGAGACUGAAACGAUAUGGAUGGACACAGUUAGUGCUGUUUUUGGUAUCAGCCUUGCUCCAUGCGCCAUUCUUUUGCUCGUUCCUGACCUCAAUAAGCACAAUCGGCUCCUAAAGGUUCUCCUUGCAUUUGCUGCUGGUGGUUUACUUGGUGAUGCGUUUCUUCAUCUUAUUCCACACGCUCUUUCUCACCAAGGUGAGAGCCAUGACAAUCGUGAUAUCCACAGUUCGCAUGGUCAUUCACACUCUUUCAAUGAUUUAACAAUUCGCGUCUUUUUGUGUGUCAUUGGUGGUAUCUUUGGAUUCCUUUGCAUUGAUAAGACUCUUCGUUUCCUGCGUAAUGGACAUGAGCAUUCACAUUCUGCAUCGCCACAGGUAACCUCAGAUAAAAAAACGAAGAAUGGAAAAUCCGGUGAUAAGAGUGGAAGUAACUCAAAAAGUAAACCAAAGCGUUCCAAAGGUAUUGCCACUGCAGGUUACCUGAACCUGGCUGCCGAUUUCACUCACAACUUCACUGAUGGGAUUGCAAUCGCUGGAUCCUUUUUAAUCAGCCGCAACGUUGGAUUUGUUACAACCCUGACUGUUCUUAUUCAUGAAUUGCCUCAUGAAAUUGGUGACUAUGCAAUUCUCAUCAAAUCUGGAUGUGGUGUCUAUCGGGCCAUGCUUUUGCAGCUGUUAACUGCUUUUGGAGCCCUCUUGGGUGCAAGUUUGAGUCUCUUGGCCGCCGGUGUAGGAAUGGAUGGUAAAAUAACUUCUGCAAGUCAAGUCCUACUAUCUCCUGAACUCAUUACCACCUGCCUUUUGCCGUUCACCGCUGGUGGUUUUAUUUACAUCGCUUUGGUCUCUGUUCUUCCAGAUCUAUUGGCUGGGCAACAUCAGCCACUCGACCGUUCUUCUGGUAAAAUCGUUCGUAGGAUUGGUCAAGGAUUGGCUGAACUCACUGCAUUAAUUCUUGGUGUUGGUCUUAUGGCGACCAUAGGUUUUUUUGAAUAA